GACGCAGCUCUCCUGUCGAGCCACAGGCCAACUCAGAUCAGCCGAGGGGGGGGGAAGAGGGUGUGUGUGUGUGCGAGUGCAAGGCAUUGGGGGAAAGUGUGCGAGGACCAGAAGCUCCAGAGGACGUCACGCACUCUCCCAGAGAGAGAGAGGGAAGCACGCCGCCACAGGAAGGUGUCUGUCCUCACGCGUUCUGGACUCUGGACGAGUCGGAGGCCUCUGACAGGAGAGAGUAUUCCAGAGUGGAAGAGAAGAUGUGCUGAAGUGGAUGAUCCUCCAAAGAGACACAGAUACAGAUUUGUGACUCGCUUUCUGAGACGAGGGUUCAAGUUCCUCGACCAGGACUAGACUUGUAUUAAGACGUAUCAGAAGAUUGGAUCACCAUGGAUCAGCCGGCCAGCAGCUGCAUGCGGAGCGCCCACCCCGGCAGUCCCAUCUGGGGCUGCAUGAGGAACCCUCACUCCGGGGUCCCGGGGGCCAACCUGCAGUCGCCCUACCAGCAGGGACCUUUCUCCCUGCACCAGAAGCCGGACUUCCUGACCUACACGGACUUCUCCAGCACCUGCCUGGUGCCGACCGCCCCCCACGCAGCCUACCCCCGCGACGACAGACUGUACCAGGAGAGCCAGGGCGGCUACCAGAGAGCCGAGUGGCAGUUCAACCCCUGCGAGACGCGGGUGAGAGCGCCCGAGGCCUGCCCGCCCGCCGUCCCCCCCGCUGCAGUGGUGGGCGGCGGCGGCGGCGGCGGUGGCGGAGGGCCCGACCUGGACAGUGUGGGGGGAGAGAGGCUGCCCGGUGCUGGGCCCGGCUGCCUGGAGGGAGAGUACUCACCCCAGAGCGUGGCGUCGGCCGACUCCGACAAGAAGAGCUCCAAUAAGAGGAAGAGAGAUGUCUCAGAUACCCAGGACUCCGGUUUCAAGGUGGACUCCACCUGCAAGGCCCGGAAGGAGCGCACGGCGUUCACCAAGGAGCAGCUGAGAGAGCUGGAGGCCGAGUUCACCCACCACAACUACCUGACCCGGCUGCGGCGCUACGAGAUCGCCGUGAACCUGGACCUCACAGAGAGACAGGUGAAGGUGUGGUUCCAGAACAGGAGGAUGAAGUGGAAGAGGGUGAAGGGGGGGCAGUCGGCUUCUCCCAACGACCCGGAGAACGACGACAUCGACUCGGCGGCCUCGCCCAGCUCUGAAUGAACGAGGGGGGAAGGGGGGGGGGGGGGGACCAGAGCCACCGGGGACCGGAGGGAAUCAAACAAUCCCAGAGACUUUUCAUAUUGUAUUUUAAUCCCGGGAUGAACCCCCCCCCCCCGAGCGCCUCCUUCGCUGUCAUUUGUUGUAAAUAGUUGAUUUGUGUGCAGAGCGGGGCGACUCUGGACGACACGUGGUCAUUGUAGAGCGGUGACAGAGCCCUCUGAUAACCCCCGGUAUCAGACGCUGACGUGAUUGUGUUUGAGGGCAACCCCCCCCCCCCCCCCCCCCUCCCUUCGGUUCCAGUUUUGUAAUCACGGCCUUUUGACGCUUGACUACAACCACCUGGGAAAACUCAGACUGCACACGAGCUGCCAAGCCACGAGCCCCUCCCACUCUUAUUUUGUGUAUUUUGUUAGUUUCCUUCCCUAGAAUAUAGUUUUUUUUUUCCUGUCAAGCAUUUUGUACUCUUCCUUUUUUAUACAUUUUGAAUGUUGUUGAUAAAACACAGAUGUUGCCUGUUUCUGCAAAUAGAAUAAAUCAUCUGCUGCAAAUAAAAAAAAAUAACGGGGGAAAUAUCCUGAUAAUUUCUUCCACACGUUCCGAUCGGAAAGUCGCUCGACGAGUUCUCUCGGCCGCUCGGUCCCGAUAUUAUCUGACCACACUUCCUGAGACUCGAGAGCAAAAUAACCGAGGAGCAGUUUGCUUGUGAUGUCGACGUUGAAGGUAAUCGGUCAUGAGUGCGUGAACGUGCUGGAGCGCUUCAGCCGAGGUCCACAGAGAUGAUGUGGUGAUAAAAACAGCUCCAGAUUGAUGUUUUCUCGAGCUGGAAAAAAAGCAGCUCAACGAUCAGAACUUUGUGGUUGUGAUUAAUAUCGAACUUCCUGUGGUGGAGGCAGAAAAAUUGCUGAAAAUGACUUAAAGUGAAUUCCACCACAUCAGUUCACUAUGGUCCUCAUGACCUAACUGUUGUCAUCCACCUGUGUCUCUAACUCCAACUGAGUAUUUAGUCGUCUGCUGGAUGUUCAAACAGGAAACGGUUUGUUACAACUUGUUUAUCAAUAAAAAAUGGUAAAUAAAUAAUGAA